GUUCUGUUCUGUGCUGCUUCGCACAAUUGCCGUUCAAAACGUCGCCAGUCAUUAAGUGUAUCAGUCAGGCAGUCAAUUUGUUGCCUGGAUGCUCGCAGGUUAAGCCGAUCAGUCGAUCAGUCGAUCAGUCGUGCGAUCGCCGCGUACGUUUCAACACUAAACGCUCUAAUCUCAGUGUCCUCCAACAACAAAUAUCGUGUUGCGUGCGCGUGUGUUUUCAACAAACGACCAAUUCUCAGAAAUAAGAAAACAAAAAUUCUAGACAGCAGCAAAAUACAUUGCAUUCAGCAAACCUAAGGAGAAGGUCCCUAAAUUGGCUUAGCUUUGUCUAAGUCCAAGGGAAUUCUAAUUCAUAUUGACAACGCAUCGAAAUAGUGCGUUCUGAUCUAGAGCGCACAUCUAAUCACACACACACACACACACACACACAUUCAAAAUGACGCGACCCAAGCAAGAUGAAAGCAAAUUCAAAAGUUUCAUGAAGGAGAAUGUGCUCACAAUGGCCACCGUCAUUGGUGUCUUUGCGGGCGGCCUCGUGGGCUUUAUCAUUAAGAACAGCACCGGCGAAUGGACAAAACGUGAGAUUAUGUAUAUAUCAUUCCCGGGUGAGAUAUUCUUGCGCAUGUUGAAAUGUCUCAUUGUGCCCUUACUGGUUUCUUCCAUAACGAGCGCUAUUGGUGGCUUGGAUCUGAGCAUGUCCAGUAAAAUUGCCACAAGAGCGAUAACAUAUUACUUUGUUACGACUCUAUCUGCCGUUAUAUUGGGCAUUUGUCUAGUCACAACCAUCAGGCCCGGCCAGGGCGCCAAAAUUGUGGAAACGCGCACCGAGACUAUUGAUAAGGCAUCAAAGGUGUUGACGCCCGAUACGUUAAUGGAUUUAGUGCGCAAUAUGUUUACGGAUAACAUCAUACAGUCCACAAUGUUUCAGCAUCGCACAGAGAUCUUUGAGAAUACCAGCAUUUCGCCCGCAUUGCCGAUGGAGGAAUGGGACUUCAAGUCCGCGCAACGUGAAGGCUCCAAUGUUCUGGGUCUAGUCAUGUUCAGUGUGAUAUUAGGAACGACCAUUGGCCGGAUGAGGGAGAAGGGCCAGCUGUUGCAGGAUUUCUUUACCACGCUCAGUGAGGCAAUGAUGACAAUCACGUCCUGGGUUAUUUGGAUAUCGCCGCUGGGUGUUGCAUUUCUGAUAGCGGCUAAGAUCAUUGAAAUGGAAUCUAUAGCUGCCACCAUACAGUCAUUAGGCUGGUAUUUCAUCACAGUUAUGAUAGGCCUAUUCCUGCAUGGCUUUGGUACCAUUGCCGUGAUAUUCUUUUUGGGAACACGUCGACUGCCCUAUCGCUAUAUUGCCAAGCUCAGUCAAGUGCUGGCCACAGCAUUUGGCACAGGAUCGAGUUCGGCUACGAUGCCGUUAACCAUCAAAUGUCUGGAUAAUAUGGGCAUUGAUCCGCGAGUUACGCGUUUCGUCAUUCCUGUGGGCGCCACCAUCAACAUGGAUGGCACGGCCUUGUACGAGGCUGUUGCGGCCUUGUUCAUUGCUCAGUAUCGUGAGAUGAGCUACUCCUUUGGCACCAUUGUGGCGGUCAGUAUUACGGCAACGGCGGCUUCUAUUGGAGCGGCUGGCAUACCCCAAGCGGGAUUGGUUACCAUGGUCAUGGUGUUGGACACGGUGGGGCUGGAGCCGAAGGAUGUGUCGCUGAUUAUUGCGGUCGACUGGUUGCUGGAUCGCUUCCGCACCACCAUCAACGUUAUGUGCGAUGCCCUCGGCACUAUUUUGGUUAAUCAUCUGUCGAAGAACGAUCUGGCGAGCGUAGACCGGCUAAAUGCUGAGCCCCAUGAGCUCCUCGAGCUGGGCGCCAAUGGACAUGAAAUGAAGGAAUGAAGGCAGUCUUGCCUUGGCGCUUAUAAUCGCAAACGAUGAGUGGGCGUGUUGUCCAAGUUGUGGACCUGGCUCCAUAUACUGCCACGCGACGAUAGCGAUAGCGAUGAUGACGACGAUGAUGAGGAGGAUUAUGGUAACAUCGCCUAUCGUUUUCGUUAGCUGGCCUCAAUUUGUUUGCAUUGGAGGCGACCAAGACGCAUUUGAGUUUCAAGAAGAUUUAAGGAAGCAGCAGCCUCUCAGCUGCCAGAGUACAAGUACUAAUAAAAACACAAACACAAUUAAAACAGCAACGAAUUUUUAAAAGCAUUUGUCUUAAGCGAGACAACUGUACAACAAAACCAACAAAAACAACAAAUUAAAUGAAGCAAAUGAAAGAAUCGAUUUAAAGCGAUUAAAAGAAAAUUCUUCCAUUUUGUUAGCGACUAAAUUUGAGCAAUACUUAUGUAUUUCAUUGUGUAAAUAAUUUAUAAUAUAAUUACAAUUAAAUCAGAUCGAGUUCAAAUUUGCAUAAUUAAUUUGCAUAAUUUCAUAAUUAGUAAUACAAGAAGUUAAAAAUUAAUGGACAUAUUAUUAUAAAGUAUAUUUGAGGGCAACAAAAAUGCAAGUCGAGAGUGUUAAAGAAAAUUAAAUAUACAUACAAGUAUGUAUGUAUUUAGUUCUUGUUGGUGCAGUCGAUAAGCAAGCUUUAUAAACACAAAACCAUAACCAAUUAUGGAUCUGAAAAAAGACAAUUAUACUUUAUAACUUGAGAAUACACCUUUUAUUGAUUGUCAUGGAAAAUGGUAAAACGAUCAAAUAGAUUUCGUAACACUAUAAAACAUUUAAAUUUCAAUGCCGUUAAAGUUCGUGUUCAUAGUUGAGCUUUGUAAAUACUUAAUAGCUUAAGUAUAUAUAAAAAUUAACAUAAACGGAUAUUUAUAAUAAUAAAAUUAAUAAUAAAACCACAUUUAUUGAAGGACAAUAAAGCGCUGCAAGGAGCACAACGCGAAGGCGUUCAGCCGAAGCAACUGCAUUAUAAUUUAUACGUACGUAUUUAUUACAUACUUUUAAAUAAAUUUAAAUUAGGUUUGUGACGUCAUGUAAAAUCGAAUCAACACUAACUCUCUAACCGAUUGCAGUUUAAAAUGUUUCCAACCCGGCAAGAGUAUGUCGAGAAAUAAAAGAAUUCUAAUCGUAAUAAGUUGCAUAACAUACAUGUUUGUAGUUGAGUGUAGUUUUAAUGAACGUUUACUAAUAAAAUUGUGCGAAUACAUAUACA